AUGUCAGCAUCAGGCCCCGACAGAAGCACGUUUACAUCGCAAGACUCAGUUGCAUAUCUCUGGCGAGCCCUGGGACUGCCAGACGACAGUCUGAGGUCGCUCGACAUCACCGACCCGGAGAAGCCGGGACUCCCAUCCUCCUACAAAGUCGGCCAUCUAGCACAGGCAUCCAUCGCACUGUCAACACUACUGGCUGCGCAGAUCCACAGCCUGAGAAACAACAACAUCCCCCCGUCAACAGUGACCGUGCCCUUCCGCCACGCCUGCAUCGAGUUCAAUUCCUGGCGCUUGUACACGAUCGACGGCCACCCGCUCCAACACACAGGUAGUCCGGUCGGAGGCCUGCAUAAGACGUCCGAUGGCUAUGUCCGCGUGCAUGACGGGUUCCCGCACCACCGCGACGGAGCCAAGCUUCUCCUCGGAUGCUCGCCAGAUGUGGCGUCCCGGGAAGAGGUCGCGGCGAAGACGGCCGCUUGGCGGUGCGUGGAUCUGGAGCAGACGGCCGUGGAGUGCGGUCUUGCGAUCGCCGCCUUGCGAAGCUACGAGCAGUGGGAUGUUCUUCCGCAGGCCCGCGCCAUCGCGGAUAUGCCGAUCCGUCUACGCAAGAUCGGGGACGCGCCGAAGGGGCUGUCGGAGCGCAUGGGCGCGGGCGCGGAUAAGUGUCUGCGUGGGCUACGUGUGCUGGAAAUGUCGCGUGUGAUUGCAGCGCCUUUGUCAGGGAAGACGCUCGCCGCUCACGGUGCGGAUGUUCUGUGGGUGACCAGUCCUAAUCUUCCUGAUCUGCCGGAGCUGGAUCGCGAGCUGGGUCGUGGGAAGAGGACCAUUCAGUUGGAUUUGCAGGACAAGGCGGAUGAAGAUGAGCUUGUCAGGCUGCUGGAUGACGCGGAUGUGUUCAUUCAGGGGUAUAGACCAGGCAGUCUUGCGGCGCGAAGGCUGUCGCCGGAGGCGAUUGUGCAGAGGCGCUCGAGUCGGGGUGUCAUUUGCGCGAACCUGUCUGCGUAUGGCCCCGAUGGUCCGUGGGCUAGUCGCCGUGGAUUUGACUCGCUGGUCCAAACGUGCUCGGGGUUGAACGUGUCGGAGGCCCAGCAUUACGGGGCCGGUGAAGCAGCCCGUCCGCUCCCGUGCCAGGCGCUGGAUUAUGCGGCGGGCUUCUUCCUCGCCGCCGGAAUCAUGGCGGCGCUGUACAAGCAGGCGACGGAGGGCGGAUCGUGGCAAGUGGAUGUUUCGCUGGCAGGCGCGAUGAAAUACCUGCGCUCGCUGGGGCAAUACGAGGGCACGAGCGGAUUCCACGCGCCCGACUAUAUCCGUCCCGAGGACGUGCCUUCGGAGUAUCUGGAGACGCAGAUGACGGGCUUCGGGAAGAUGACUUCGGUGCGACACUCAGGCUCUAUUCAAGGGGUAGCCGUGGGAUGCGACAUCAUGCCGAAACCACUGGGAUCCGACGAGAAGCGAUGGUUAUAG